UUAAUUUUCAAUUUUGAACCAAAACACAAAAAGAGCAGGACACUAUUGAUGCAACUGAACUCUCUAGUUUGUUUACUUUUAGCUAACAAACUGUGCGAAAAUGGAGACAUCUGAGGCGGAUAACAAUCCAGGCAGCACAGGCUGCCUGAGGGCGUGUUUGGAAUAUAUUCUUCAUCAUAAAUUUCUGGUUUCAAGCCUGACAGCUGUAGCGCUAGGUAUUGCUCUAGGCUUCAUUCUCAAGAUUUGUGUCCCUAUGUCUGAAUUCGACCAACAAUACAUCAGCUUUCCAGGAGAAAUGCUCAUGCGGAUGCUUCAGGCAGUUACUGUUCCUCUCAUUGUUACAAGUGUGAUAACAGGUGUUUCUGGUCUAAGUGUUGAAACCUCCAGAAGAAUCGCUGGACGUGCAGCAGCAUACUUUGUCUCAACCACUGUAAUUUCUGUGACUAUAGGAUUAAUCUUGGUACUAUCGGUCCAGCCUGGGAUUGCUUAUGCUGUUAAAAAAGGUGAAACAGAAGAUGAGGAGUCCUUUUCCACUCUCGAUGCCUUGUUGGAUCUAGUGAGAAACAUGGUGCCACAAAACCUGAUUCAGGCUUGCUUCCGACAGUAUAAGACAGAGAGGGUGGAGUUUGAAUCUGAAACAGAUGAGCAAAAUUCUAGUCUGGAAAUGAAUGCCACAGAAGUGCGACUGGUGGGCCACUAUGUGGAAGGAGCCAAUACAUUAGGCCUGAUUGUCUGGUCUUUUAUUUUUGGCCUGAUCCUCAACAGGAUGGGAGAAAAAGGGGAAGUACUUGUGGAUGUCCUUACUGUCCUCAAUGAGGCCACAAAACGCAUGGUCAACUUGAUACUGGGCUACUUGCCAUUUGGAGUGUUGUUCUUGAUUGCAAGCCAUGUUGUUGAGGUUCAUGACUGGGAAACUACCUUUAAACUUGGAAAGUUCAUGGUAGUGGUUGUUGUUGGGCUUAUAAUACAUGGAGUGAUAGUUUUACCUGGGAUCUAUUUCCUGUGUGUGAGAAGAAACCCUUUUUCUGUCAUCAGAGGGGUUUCUUCUGCCUUACUGACUGCACUGGUCAUCUCAUCCAGCUCUGCCACACUGCCGCUCACUUUCCGAUGUUGUGAGGAAAAACUCAUGAUCGACAAAAGAGUCACUCGCUUCAUGCUGCCCAUUGGAACCAACAUCAACAUGGACGGAACUGCCCUUUAUGAAGUGGUCGCAGCAGUUUUCAUUGCCCAACUCAACCACAUCCAUCUGGACUUAAGCCAGUUAUUAACACUUUCUGUGACAUCAGCAGUGUCCAGCAUAGGAGCAGCAGGGAUCCCAGCUACAGGAGCAGUGACCACUCUCUUUGUUUUGACAUCCAUUGGUUUACCUGCAAAAGAAGCUACCAUUCUGGUGGUUGUAGAAUGGCUCCUAGAUCGCUGCAACACUGUUCUUAAUGUCAUGGGAGACUGCAUUGGUGUGGCAAUCGUUAGCCAUAUGUCGAGAAAAGAACUGGAAGAAUUGGACGAGCAUGGACGGAAAAUUACAAGGGUACAUGACAGUGAUACUGACAGCGGCACCCCGGACGAGAUCCAGGUUAACAUCAGCAGACAGGACUCUGAUGACAUCUUGUACCUACCCCAGGACAGUGAUGCAUUUGAGCACUUCCAGGAUGCGGACGAGCCCAGUGAGGAUUCUGAUCUUCAGAUUCUAUGCAUCCCUGCAGAAUACCUGUCACUCCAUGACAGUGAUGCUGAGGGCUGCAGCCCAGGCGAGAUCCAGGUUCACAUUAGCAGCCAAUACUCUGAUGAUGACAACAGUGAUGAUGAGUACAUUUAGUGUCAGCUCAGCCUGAACAGGGACUGGGCAUCAACAGAGGAAACAAUGCAGAUUGUCUUAUGUCUUUAAUUUGUUAUUAUUUGACUUGUUUGGUAUCACAUUCAUUUGAUUUUGUGUUUUGUGUUAGUGAUGUAGUUGUCUAUGGUAGAUUUAUACAUUGUAGUAAUAGAUGCAGUUACUGAAUUGAAUUGAACUGAAUUCAAUUUAUCUUAAGUGUAUUGAUGUAACAGAUGUAUUGUAGUUAGUGAAUUGAAUUUAAUUGAUGUAAUAUUUGUAGUAUUUGUAGUAUUUGAUGUAGUAUAUGUGGAAUUGAAUUGAACUGAACUCAGUUGAAUAGAAUCACACUGAAUUGAUAUGAUAUAGUUAUUAAAUUGAACUGAAUUGAUGUAACAGGUAGUUAUGGAGUUGAUGUAACAGGUGUAGUUAUUGAAUCCAAUUGAAUUGAAUUGAUGUAAUAGUUGAGUUCAGCGAGAUUUAUUUUGGUAUUUAUUGGUAAAUAAACAUUAAAGAUGCUGCA